AAAACGUGAGCUACAAACCAGAAAGUAAAGAAGUCCAGAGAGCAAAAACCAGUCCAUAGAAACAACUCCUGCGAACAAACUAACCGCGCAUUCCAAUCGGCAGGGGAGAGAUUAUUUGAUUGAGAAACCUUCAAAACCCUACUUUCACCCCAUUUCUCUUCGCGCUCUUAAUCUCACGUUGCUGAAUCCCUAGAUCAAAUGGCGGAAGAGCCAGCAUCCCCGUCGCCGGCUCCGCCGCUGGGCUCGUCGGUGAUUCCCGUGGUGAACAAGCUCCAGGACAUAUUUGCCCAGCUCGGGAGCCAGUCCUCGAUCGAGCUGCCGCAGGUGGCGGUGGUCGGCAGCCAGAGCAGCGGCAAGUCGAGCGUGCUCGAGGCGCUGGUGGGGAGGGAUUUCCUGCCUCGCGGGAACGAAAUCUGCACGCGCCGGCCGCUGGUUCUGCAGCUGGUGCAGACGAAGAAGAAGGGCGACGGGAGCGAGGAAGAGUGGGGGGAGUUCCUCCAUCGGCCUGACAAGCGGUUCUACGACUUCUCCGAGAUCCGGAGUGAAAUCGAGGCUGUAACAGCUAGAGAAGCGGGAGAGAACAAAGGUGUCUCGGACAAGCAGAUCCGUUUGAAGAUUUUCUCCCCUAACGUUCUUGAUAUCACACUUGUUGAUCUUCCUGGUAUAACAAAAGUUCCAGUCGGCGACCAGCCCACUGAUAUUGAAUCGAGAAUCAGAACAAUGAUCAUGUCAUACAUAAAAAAGCCAAGCUGUCUUAUACUCGCUGUUACUGCUGCAAAUGCGGACUUGGCAAACUCGGAUGCUCUUCAAGUUGCAGGAGUUGCUGAUCCUGAUGGUUACCGGACCAUAGGUAUAAUAACAAAGUUGGAUAUCAUGGAUAGAGGUACCGAUGCCCGCAAUUUGUUACUCGGAAAAGUGAUUCCCCUGCGACUUGGUUAUGUAGGCGUUGUGAAUCGUAGUCAAGAGGACAUUAAUCUCAACCGAAGUAUUAAGGAUGCAUUGGCCGCAGAAGAGAAGUUUUUUCGCAGCCAUCCAGUUUACAGCACUGUAGCUGAUCGUUGUGGCGUUCCUCAGCUUGCAAAGAAAUUGAACAAUAUCUUAGUGCAGCAUAUUAAAGCACUACUUCCUGGGUUGAAGUCUCGCAUUAGUGAUGCUCUUGUGAGUGUCGCAAAGGAACAUGCAAGCUAUGGAGAAAUCACUGAAUCUAAGGUGUGUAAUGCUGGUCAAGGUGCUCUCGUAUUGAACAUAAUCUCAAAAUACUAUGAAGCUUUUGCUUCAAUGCUAGAAGGAAGAAAUGAAGAAUUGUCAACUUCCCAGCUCUCGGGCGUAGCAUUUAUUGAAUAUGUUUUCCAGUCCAUUUUUGUCCGAACUUUAGAGGAGGUUGAUCCUUGUGAGGAUUUGACAGAUGAUGACAUUCGUAUUGCCAUUCAAAAUGCUUGCGGUCCAAAAUCGUCAAUAUUUGUAGCAGAGGUACCAUUUGAACUUCUUGUACGUCGGCAAAUUGCUCGUUUGCUGGAUCCGAGCCUUGAAUGUGCCAGGUUCAUAUAUGACGAGUUAAUAAAGAUUAGCCAUCGGUGUCUAGUGGUGGUAGAUGAACUACACCGGUUUCCUGUUCUAAGAAAACGGAUGGAUGAAGUUGUUGGGAACUUUUUACGUGAUGGCCUUGAACCUUCGGAGACCAUGAUUGGUCAUCUUAUAGAAACAGAGAUGGACUACAUAAACACCUCUCACCCAAGUUUUAUUGGAGGGACUAAGGCUGUGGAAGUCGCAGCGCAACAAUUGAAGACUUCGAGACUAAGCAUCCCUGCCUCUAGGCAAAAGGAUGGUGUAGAAGCUGAUAAAGCACCAGCAUCUGAAAGGACCCUAAAAUCUCGUGCUAUUAUUGGCAAGCCUGUUAAUGGAGUUAUGCCUGAUCAGCCCAAUGACUUACAGGGGGUACGCCAGGUUGCAGAUGCUGAGAAGGUUGGGCCCUCUGCGAACCAUAGUGGAUCUUCCUGGGGCAUUUCAUCAAUUUUUGGCGGAAGUGAUAGUUCCCUUAGUUUUUCCAAGGAGAGUUCAACAAGCAAAGCACAUGUUGAGCCUACUCACGGAAAUGACUAUUUGGACAAGAGUAGCAGCUCUGUUAUCCGAUUAAAAGAGCCUCCAACAAUCUUGAGACCUACAGAAGGCCUUUCUGAGCAGGAGUCUAUUGAAAUUACAGCCAUUAAGUUGCUAUUGCGAUCAUACUAUGAUAUUGUUCGGAGGAACAUUUCAGAUUUAGUGCCGAAAACCGUCAUGCACUUUCUUGUUCAGCAUGCGAAACGUGAAUUGCACAACAUUCUGAUUAAAAAGCUUUACAGAGAGAAUCUCUUUGAAGAGGUGCUACAAGAGCCCGACGAGAUUGCACUGAAGAGAAAGCGGACGAGAGAAACACUCAAAGUCCUCCAACAAGCUUUCCGGACACUGGAAGAACUGCCAUUGGAAGCUGAGUCACUCGAAAGGGGACACAGCACGGUUGCUGAUACAAUCGGUUUGCCUAGAGUUCGAACAACCACGAGCUCGAACGGGUAUCACUCUUCUCCGAGUAACCCAAGGUCGAGGAAGUCCUCCCACUCCGGCGAGCUACUGCAAUCACAUUCUUCCACCGGUGUUGAUUCGAAUGGUAACAGCGGCAGGGGUGUUUACAUGCAAGGUCUCUAUCCUUCCGUCGACUGAUUCGACAAAACAACGAUUGAUUGAUUGAUUGAUUGCUUCUUUAGAGGUAUUAGUGAUAUCUUUCAGGAACCAAAGGGUUGUCAUAGAAGUAGAAUACAUGUUUCUGAUGAUAAUUUAUACUCUGCCAGUGUGGUGGUGGGCAGGAUUCGGUUGCCAAGCGCAAGUGGUCUUUUUUUCCCUUGGUUUAGAAAAGAGAUGCUCUUGGGAAUAAGUUGUUGCCUUGUUGGUGGUGGUUUUCCAUUGUCAGCCAGCAAGAUAGGGAGGGGUAUUUGUGUAAAUUAAUUAUGGUUCUGAGAUUUGUUUGUCGAAUUCCCAUAACGAAUAGGUGACGUGAUAGAGAGGUUAUCGGAGACACAAAUUGUAGUUUCCACUGUAUUAUUAUCGACAUUGAUGCUUUAAUCUGGCAGGGCUUUGAUCUUGUCUAGGAUAUUCUAUUUUCAUGGUGAGACAAGUAGGCCUUUCACUUCUGAAUUUUCUAGGUUUCGAUCUCGAAUUGAUCCAUCACAAUUGUGAUUAAUUAUCUAUUUGUGUUCUUCUUUAGAUUCUUGCGGGUUGGGUGGGUGGUGGAUAGGUGCGGUUGGGUUUCGGGUUAACCCGCAAAAGCAAUUCUCCAACUAGCCAUUAAGAAAAUUGACUAACAUUUAUAAUAAGUUCAUAGCAAAUUAGUAAGA